AAGGGUUGAAAUAAGUUCGUAUGGAGAAGUCGAGGUCUCUCACAAAAAAUAAAAAUAAAAGAUAGUAACCCGCCCACUGCAGUCUUUUAGAGGUUGAGAUAAAUUUUCAUGCCAUCAGGCCGCGAUUCUUUUCGUCGUUUCUCCCCGAAAUUACUUAUUCCCAACACCCUCAAAACCUUCGUCCCCGAGCCACCCGACCAGUGAACGCUAGCCCCCUCCCCCCUCCCCUUUUCAGUACCUCCACGACAGGCAGCAUCGCUUCGGAUCGUGUGCUGCCCCGUGUAACUUAUCAAAGCAAUAGGGCCAGGAGUUUGCUUGCAACAAUGGACGCCGCCAUGGAGUGCAACAUCUGCACGCAACGGUACAACUUCGGGGAUCGGAUACCUAAAGUAAUGCCAUGCGGGCACACGGCUUGCUUGCAGUGUUUGUGGCAGGUGGAUCACAAAUGCCCGAGAUGUCGCAAGGGAUUCCGUCCCGAAGCGGAUGGACUCUCAAACAAUUACGGUCUAUUGGAUGUCCUUGACGCCUACGCCAAAGACUCUCUGGCGCGCCACUUGAAGGACACCCUCCCCCAGGCUGCAGACCAACUCGAGGACCUGCGGGACCAGACCCAGGGAGAGCAGGCUUUGCAGGCGGUCACCCUCAUGAGCACGGAGUCCUGGGACCUGACCCUUAGGGGCGAGGGCUGCGUCUUGACGGGGACCCUUCGGAACAAUACCAAGGAUCCACUCAUGAUGGCUUUGCACUUAAUCUUAGCGACGAGGGUUCAAUUGAAAGAAAACCCAAACAUCGGCGGAAAUGUUGGUGCAAACCGUCCACCACCGGUACAGGCAGCCCCACGCAUCCAACGAAUUCAACUUGUUGGACCACCUCCUGCGGGUCGUAAUCGUGAUCGACACCUGGAAGAGGAGGAAGCAGUGGUGAGACGGCUGCAAGUGCGGUGCAACACGGACCACACGGCGAGCCUCACCCUGCUGCAGGCCGCCGCACCGGCCGUGGAGGAGCUGAUGGUGUGCAACCCCCGCUCGGCCCACCUGCUCGCGGUGUGCGCCAUGCCGCGGCUCAAGAGGCUGGAGUUGCGGAGUAUCGACGGGGCCCUGGACACGCUGCCGCCCUUGCUGCCCGUCGAUGUCCCAGCGGAAUACUGCGGCUUGCAGUGGCUCAGGGUUUCGGGCCUUCCCCGCAUCACUCUGCAGUCCCUGCUGCAGGCCCACGGGCGCACGCUGGAGGUGCUGCGGCUGCGGGUAGGCACGCAGGGUGACGAGGGGUGGCCAAUCAACUGCAACGACCUGCACGACCUGCUGCAACAGUGCGACCUGCGUGUGAUGAGGAGACUCGUGCUGGUGAGAGGUUUGCCGUACUGCCACUGGCGAGGCGACUGCUUCGAGCAGCGCGGUCUGGUACGGCGAGCACUGCAGGGAAACCCGGAGGUGAUGUGCAGCGAAUGUGACGGCCUGGAGGCUGAAGACAGCUUCUAGAAACCCUCCGCUCGGACCAAUGGCAACGGCAACGGCAACCAGCAACAAAUGCAGAGGUGGUGGCGUCUGACUUCUUCUUACGUUACUAUACCUACUGUACAUCGGAACAGAUUUGCUACAAUAAUCUUUUUAUGUCUCUGUAAAAAUUGAAACCAAACAUAUUGUGCAUUAAAUUUAUAUUUUCUUCUAA